UCGAGCUGGCCCUUCGCGUCUCUCUUCCCCUCCAUUCCUCCUCUUCUCCGCAUCCACCCGAACGAAACCCUAGUCUCCCAUCACUUGGAUCCGGUCUUUGACAUUCUUCGACGCAGGACGCCGUAAGAAAUUUCGCUAGAGAUCUUGCAGCUGCCAUGGCGGACAAUGAACCUAUUGACCCAAAGAAUUACCUUGAGGAACGCUGCAAGCCGCAAUGUGUAAAAUCAUUGUAUGACUAUGAGAGAUGUGUGAAGAGAGUCAAGAAUGAUGAAACUGGGCAGAAGCACUGCACCGGGCAAUUCUUCGACUACUGGUCAUGCGUUGACAAAUGUGUAGCACCAAAGCUCUUUGAGAAGCUCAAAUGAUGGAUGGGGUGGCGCUGAUUGCCACAGACCCCAAUAAAUCGAUCCACUGUCCUGAUUUCUGAUUGUGCUGAACCUGUAACAAGGAGCUUCCUUCUAUCUGUUGCUAAAACUUGUCAAAACAAGCAAACACAAUUAUUUUGGCAGUGGGAACAAUAACUUUUAUUUUGCUUGUGUAAUGUUCGUUCUGUCCCUGUAUACUUGGGCAGAUGAAAGCAUUUCUGCUUUACUUCAAUCCAUCUUCAAUAAUUUUUGCAGAUUCA